AUGACCAGAAAAUCUUGCUAUAUUCUGGAACUACAGCAGAAGAUUGCGCGUAUAAAGCAGCACGAAAAAGGCCAAGCGAGCCCUUUCAGCUCGAAUUUCGAUACCCAAACCAUUGACCCCAAAGGUCGCGAAGAUGUACCUACUUUGGAGAGGACUAGGAGUCCAGAGGAUCAUGACGAACCCCAGGACCUAGAGGAUCUCGAUUCUGAGUUAGCCAAUCCAUUGUCAUCUGGCCCUCCUGCUUUUAUGUCUGCAGCAAAUGGUCGCACAUUCUAUCUUGGAACAUCAUCCAACUGGUCGUUCACUCGGCGAGUUCUCAGCUUGGCACAUCGGCACCUCUAUCAGGAUGUACUGCCCACGGAAACUUUACUAUUUGAUGAAACAACCUAUGACCUGGGAUGGGACGGGCUACGAACAAACCCAGGCUCAGAUAUUCCAGUUGUUCCGACUCGCGACCACACCAUGUAUCUGAUCAAUGCCGUGAAAUUUCGGUGCGGGCAAUUGUAUCACCUUUUCGAAGAAGAUCAGUUUAUGAGCUCUUUACAGCAGUUUUACUCGGGAGAUGGACACUCUAUGACCAAUAGCUUGUGGUACAUCCAUUUCCUCCUCAUCCUGGCUUUUGGGAAAGGAUUCGUUCAGCCCAAGGCUCAAGGUAGAAAGCCACCAGGGGUGGGCUAUUUCGUCAAAGCUUUACAGCUUCUACCUGACCCGACUGCUCUGUACCGAGAUCCUAUGCUGGGAACGGAAAUCCUAUGUUGCAUUGCCUUAUACUACCAGUGUGUUGACUAUCGAACAUCGGCACAUAACUACAUUGGUCAAGCCAUGCGGAUAGCCAUGGCGCAAGGAAUGCACACUAAUAUGCCAGUCGACGAUUUAGGGCAUGACAUGGUUCAAAGAUCUAGCAAAAUCUGGUGGACUAUCUAUAUUCUGGAUCGAGAAAUGACAUCCUUAAUGGGUCUACCUCAGUCGAUCAAUGACCGAUAUGUGCAGACCCAGUUACCCACCUUUUCAGACCCAUCAGAGACAAUGUCAUUAGGCAUGCACAUUAAGUUGUCCAAAAUCAUUGCCGAGGUAAACAGCAGACUCGCCGAUGAGCUCCGCGAGUCAUUUCCGCUACACUUGGAUCCAGCUAGCGGCGUUUCCCGAACAUCAGCAUACUUGCAUCUUCAAUAUCACCAGUGUAUCAUCCUGGCCACCCGACCUCUCCUAUUCUGCUUUCUUAAAAUCCGCUUCGAGUCCCCAGAAAGCUGUUUAGACUCCCUCAAUGCAUCCCGAAAUGUCCAAAACUUGAUGCAAAUGUGUCUUGAAUCCGCCCAGCACAUCAUCAGUAUUCUCUCCAGUUUGCAGAGCCAAGGCCUCUUAGGUAAAUCUACCAAAACAACCUUUCGCUACAGAUCGACAUUCUCAACUAAGAUGCAAAUAAUAGAAACUUUCCUCCCUUUCGAUCUAGAAUCAGUCUUCGUAUCCACAAUCGUCCUCCUGAUGGGCCCAACAAUCGACCCGCGAGUACUAGAAAGCCACCCCAACUGGCUGGAGAAAGCCUACGCCAUCUUCGAUGAAAUGAUCAGAGACGGAAACCAAGUUGCUACCUUCCGGCGAUCCGAGCUCCAGCAGCUACAUGAGACAUUAUUAGGGUGUAUCUCUGGUGACCAGCCUCGACACUUGGCAGUCCCUGAUUUCUUCCAGCAGGCUGAUAUUCUUUCUCAUCCAGCUUCCCCAUCUGAAACACCGAUUCCUGGGGCUAUGCCUCAGUCUAGAUAUGAUGAUAAUCUUCUCAGGCCGGAUCCUGAUUUGGAUGUGGAGUGUGAUUUUAGUACGAUGCUGACUUCGGCUGAGAUCAUGGCUGUUGCGGACUCGAUUGAGAGAUACGAUACUGAGUGGGUAUCGAAUGCGAUGAUAGAACAUAGUAUAUGGUAG